UAUCUUGUCUCGUCUUUUUUCCCACACAAAAACCACUCUUCUGUUAUCCAACCCCAAAAAUCAAUCAACAAUGCUUCUCACAUCCCAAUUCAAAUCUCUCACCCUCGCCAAUCCCUUCCUCCAUGGCGCCACCGCCCCCUUCAAGCCCGCCGCCGCCUCCAUCGCUCCGCCUCCCCCCUCCGUCGUCCCAGUCAUCAGGGCAAUGAGAACUCUGCAAGGCAGAGUGGUGUGCGCCACCAGCGACAAAACCGUGGCAGUGGAGGUCACGCGCCUUGCCCCACACCCCAAAUACAAGCGGCGCGUGAGGAAGAAGAAGAAGUACCAGGCACACGACCCAUUAAACCAGUUCAAAGUCGGCGACUUCGUCCAGCUCGAGAAGGGCCGCCCUGUCAGCAAGAACAAGACCUUCUGGGCCGUCCCCGUCCCCGCCCGCCCCUCCUUCAAGCCCAAGGCGGACGAGGAGGGGGCGCCGCCGCAGGGUCUCGGCAUUCCUUUGGAGUCGGAGUUGAACCAAGUUUGAAUUUUGUAUCGUGGGUUGUAAGGGUUUGUUUUUGUAAUUGCUAUUUGGGGAAUUACGGAGUACAAUUUUAAGUGAUUAUUGUGUUGAA